ACAAAGACGGAGAGUGUCCUAAGGAAAGACAUCCCCGGCCGACGACACCGACGACGACCUAACAACAGUUCAAAAGCAACCAUAGAGCCGAAACAUGGCGCUCGACUUUGCAGCAACGUACAAGGUGCUCGUACUCGGUGACUCGAACGUUGGUAAAACUUGCAUAGUGCACCGUUACUGUGACGAGCGUUAUUACGACACUUACAUAUCGACGAUAGGAAUUGAUUUCAAGCAAAAAAUCAUCAAUCUCGAUGGCACACCGAUAAAACUACAAAUUUGGGACACAGCUGGUCAGGAAAGGUUUCGUACUCUCACAACAGCGUACUAUAGAGGGGCAAUGGGAAUUUUACUAAUGUACGAUGUCACGAGCCUCGAGAGUUUCAAUCAUUUGUCAUACUGGCUGAGAAACAUCAGAGAAAAUGCCUCGUUAGACGUUGUUAAAGUUUUGGCAGCCAAUAAAUGCGACGCUGUGGCUCAUCGUGCGGUCGAGGCCGAGCGGGGCGAAAAAAUAGCGGAAAAUUUUGACAUGCCGUUCUUCGAGGUCUCGUGCAAAGACAACAUAAAUAUUGAAGAAGCUUUUCUUACGCUAGCAAGAAGGAUAAGAGAGCAGCGGGACCGACGGGCAAGUCUGUUCGAAGCAUCGGAGCGGGAGGGCGCUGACAGCGUGAUAAAGGCUCGAUCACCUUCGCAACAGGGUGACGCAUGGAGAUGUUCGUGUUAGUCUUCUUUCUCAAGCGCAUUUUGCGAUUCAACCUUCGCAGAAAAUGGAGCGGAAUUAUUUUCUUCGCUGUUUAUGAACAGCCGUUUUUAACGAGUGAGUAGAGAAACAAAGAGAAGGAAUGGUGAAACAGAAAUCGAAAAUAAACAUGUAAAUAAAAGGUACAACGGAGAAGUCGCAGCGGAGAUUUGACGAUAGAUGGCGUUUCGUACGCGGCGAGAGCGGAAGACAAGUAAAUGAGAAUAAAAAAAUGAGUGACGCGAAAAACGUAUUCGCGAUUUUCCAGUAGUUUUUGGUGUCGAUGUUAUUAAAAACGCAACCCUUUGCCGAGUUCUCCGGUUAUCGAAAUUAAGAGGAUGGAUCAGUCGGUAUAUCGCAACCAUGCGAGUGCGAGAGAGAUAGUUGCAAAUUUCGAAAUCGAAAUCCUUUGACAAUGUUUGACCGAUUAUAAAAAGGCUCUGUCAGUCGAUUUUUGCCAUCGUUCUGCGUAGGCUGACAGAGCCUUUUUUUAAUCGAUCAAACUGUGUCAAAGAAUUUCGAUUUCGAAAAUUCCAAGUGAGGUUAGUCGACUGAUCCAUACUCUUAACGAAACAAUCACGAAAACAUUUUUUUGCAAGCUUCGCAACACACACACACACACACACACACACUGGCGUAAUUUUAUAUCCAUAGUCAAAUGUCAUGUAUAACUGGAAACUCGAGCGAUAAGACACUGUGGCACGGAUAGGCCAGAAAUGAACACCGCACAUAAAAAUCACGAGAUUAAAACGGAGCCCGCGUUGUAGGAUAAAACAUUUAUUUAUAAUGAAUCAUUAAUUGGAUCGAUUAUUAAAAUUGUCACAAACAAAAGAAUCGCAUAACCAACUAUAUUUCUUGCACGAAAUAAUAGGCCUAACCUAAAAAUUGAGAAAAUUUAGCGUGCCACACACGGGUAUUGAAAGAAAAACAAAGUAUUGGAUCUUUUGCUACUCGACGUAUCUGAACUUAUAAGACUUUCAUCAAGCGCAUUGUGAUUUAACGUCUGAAUACUAAUUAUGAAAUCGCGGAAUAGCAAUUAAUGUAUACAUAUAUAAAUAUUCAGCCGUGCGACAUCUUCAAUCGAGGACCAUCAACAUUUUAUAUCCAUUCCAUUUUCACUAUUCGGUUGGUUCUCCCAAUUUGCCCUUUUCCUCACGAGUCUCCUCUUGAAUUCUUUUAUUCACCGUUUCUAAUCCCGAAACUGUUAACGUUAUGACUAUGAAGUUGCCUAAUUAUAGUUAUUGCGCGCGUAACUGGUAAGUUGCUCGCUGUUUUCGCGUCAAUUAAGAGGUUAACUUGUGGAUGCAAUGAGUCGUUGAUUUUUAUACGUUCUUCGCGCGCACCAAUAAAAACGUUUUUCAUUUUGACUUUGACCAAUUAGAAAGAAUGUCUCGCUCUUAAAUCAUGCUUUUGUAACGGUCUAUGAAAUAUUAGCGUUUCGUAAAGCAGAGGUAAAUGAAUUUGAAACUUUGAACAACAUAAAAUCUGUCAUUGAAUUAUUGGUAGGAAAUUCAAUUUCGAAAAGGUAAUACGAACGAAAAUUAACGGCUCACAUCCCAAUCUUAUUCAUCGAUAACGGAAACGGAACCCUUUCCUUGAGCCUCGUUUCGUGCUGAUCGAAAUUCGGCGCAGAAGUACUGGAUUUCAUUUCGAUUAUAUUACAAGCUUAAAACCAAACGAAAAGUACGGUAAAGAGCGGAGAAAAUUUCGUUGAAUUAUAACAUUUGUGACCAGCCGCUAUAAUUGCGGCCAAAAGACAAAAUAUACAAGCUAACGCGACUAAAAACGAAAUAACGCAGCGAGCUCUGCAGAUUAAUUGUCAGCACAAAAGGAAGCAGGCAAAAAAGUAUUAGAAAAAAUUAUAAUACUAAUCGACGUACGAAAAAAAAAUGAUGAAUUUAGUAACGGUGCAAAAAUUACGCACAAAUUUACAUUAUAGCUCAUAAAAUAUCAAAUAUAAAGUAGAAUCGUUCAUCUCCCGAAUUGAAAAAAAGUGAAAAAAAUAACACGUACACACUCAUACACACACACGCUAAGUCAUUAAUCGUGAUCUUCGUUUAUGCUGGCAAAAACAAAAAAAAAAUACAUAAAUAAAAGCCUUAAUUGUGCCUAUAUACGAAUAUAUAAAGAAUUGAACAACAUAAAAAGAAAAGCGUGCACGAAAAUAAGUGGGGGAAAAAUAAUUCAUGAAAAAAUGGUGAAAGGGUAGAUGGGAAUGAAGAAGGUAAAAAGUUAAAUGAAAUUAAGCAGCUUUGUAUAGAUGUAUUAUAGGUGGCGACACGUCGCGAAUCGUAAAUUGAAUUUUUUAAAAAAAUGAAAAAUCUUCAAAAUGCAAUUUAUAAAAAUGCGUUAAAACGAACAUUUGCAUCGCAGGAAUUGGUUUCGCGGCUGUAAUUUUUCGAUAUAAUUAUUCAAAAAACAAAACCCCGAUGUAUUUUAAAACUAUAAUGGGAUGAGGAGAGGGAGCUUGAUCUACAUUUUAUCGAAGCUCUUGACCACUUUUUCGGCUUUGUACUAUCCGCGAGAAUGUGUAUAUCAUUGUCGCUUUUUGUAUGUUUAUAACUGUAAGCAAGCGAGUUUGUAAGAUAGAGGAAAAAAAUUGAAAAAAAAAACGAAGAAGAAAGAAAACACCUCAUUAUGCUUAUUGGAAUCAUCAUCCAGGGGCUACGAGUGAAAAAUUUUCAUUAUUUUAGCCCCCGUCUUGUUGUUACUGUCAUUAAUAUUAUCAUUGAUAUGCGUCAACAAGCACUUUUUUCACCACACAAAAAUCAUCGAAACGUAUUUACUUAAAAAAACAUUAAGCGAAAUGUUUUGCAUCGAAAUAAGUUGAGAAAAAUGGUAAUAAUAUUGUUUCAGAUAGGAAGUAGGUUUUUGCUUUUGUGAAUAAACGCAGGUACGUUCGUUCCCAUGUAGACAAAAAUUUAAAUAGAAGCUGGUCUUCUGAUUAAGUUUGUAGCUAUAAAUGAUGUUUUAUUUAUUAUUUUAUUUUUAUUAUUCUUCUGAAAGAAAAUAAACUAAAUUGUCAUGCACGUUCUAAUGAAAUUACUGAAAUUCGUUUCAAUCGCAAAGGGUAAAAUGACAAAUUUCGCAAUGACUAUGUGAAUGAAUAUAUAUGUAUAGACAAUGGUUCAUGACAAUUUCAACGUCGUUUACAAUUGGAUUGAAAUCACAGAGAUAGAAAAAUAUCGAUUUUUUCAUUGAAAUAAAUGUUUAUUUAAACAAAUCACAAUCCAAGUAAAAAUUAGUGUUCUUAGAAACUAAUUAGCUGGAAUAAUUUGAUGUAUUAUAAUUCCUUUCAAUUGUGACAAACAAUGUCCAAUAUUGAUUGAAAUAAAAUAAUUAAAAUACUCCUUUAUUGCCAUGCUCUUUGGUUAGAAUCAAUAUAGACUUUUUGUUGACAUGAUCAAAUCGGCUUCUCUCCUGAGUAAUAUUCUCUGAAAUUAAAUAAUUUUUUUAUUUUUAUUUCUCUACUUUGUUUCCACUGGAAACAAAGUUGCGAGUGACUUGAAAAGACGCUUUCGAAUCGUACUGUUCAACGAAAAACUGAAAGCUCACGGUUUCGCAGUUCAUUAAAAAAACUGCCAAGAAAAUGAAGAAAAGGAAUAGUUGAAACGAAUUUCCCUUUUCGAUACUCGUUCACUAAAUAGUUAUUUAUACACUGAUUUGCUCAGUAUCAAAAUUUUCCACGAGUACGCGAGAGCUCACUAACUUUCGAAAACUAUAUUAUAACAGAGAAAAUAAAACGAAAAAUACAGAAGUUCUAAUUAGUACUGUACUCAUAUAGUUGUUAUUAGUUUUUAAGUUAGCAAUUGUAAAACUUCGAUGUUUGGAAUCAGUAAUAAAUAAAAUGCACACUUUUUACCUACAA